UCCAGUGAGGCAAGCAAGCAGCAGGUGGACUGGAGGGGGCAUGGCGCACUGUACAAACCACCAAGCCCUUACUGGUUGUCGGAGGAUGCAGCGUGUCGUAUGGCGUCGUCCUCGUCAGUCCCUUUCUUGGCGCCGUCUUCCCUCAACGGCGCUCCCGCCUCGCGCCUUUCCGAGACAUCUCAGGCCGAGCCAUCGCGAGCCAUGGCGUGCGAAACGGACAGACCAACUCUAGCGACGUCGCGCAUGAGUCCCGCGAUGGACGCGCCUGCCGUCGAGGAGAGAAUGUACCGACGGAAGCGCCAGCGGGCGUCCCUAGGCGGCAGCGCUAUUUCCGAUCAGGACUCCGAAGACGCGUCGAAUGCGGCGGAGAGUAAGGGACCAUGGACAUGGCCGCAUCAGUCGAGAAAGACGAGAGCUGUCUCCGGGGAAGACGUUGGUAGAAUACUCUUUGGCAAGCCGUCGUCUACGCGGGACACGCCAAACCAGACUGAGCUGCGGUCCAAGUGGUUAGAGGACAAAAAGCCUGUGACUCGCAGUGGCCGGGCGGCGAAGGAGAAGGCAGCUGCUGCAGCGCGAAUGAUGGAGGAGCAGCAGCAGGAGGCGGAGAAAGAAGUGCAGCAGCAGCAGCGUCCUCAGCCGCAACAGCAGAAGGAUCCGAGAGGACAGCAGUUGACGAAUAAACAACAGCUGAACCAGCCUCAGCAAAAGCAGAAACUGCAGUUGAGAAAUGGAAGCCCUAUGGAGCUAGAGCAGAGGCCCCAGGGCGAGCAAGAGAAGCGUUCAGCUGCGGGGAAAGCCGGAGCCAAGGCGGGACCACCAGUGCAGCAGGGGAGGAAGGGAAGGGAGACAGCGAACAGAAGAAGGGUGUUGCUGAAGAAAAGAGAGGACGAGUUGGAGUCCCAGAGUGAGUCAGUUGUGGAGGUUGACAGGGUAAAUGGGCUGAAUGGGGGGGGAAAGGAAGCAGCAGAAGACAGGGAGGUGGCAGGCGCGAGCAUGGAGAGAGGGCACAGUGGAAACGGUAGGGAGAAGAGAGAAGCGGCAGCUGGUGAAGAGAGAAGAGUCGAUGGAACGAGUGGUUCCGAGAGUGUGAGUGAGGCAAGUGAGGAUGACGAUUGUGAGUGGGGUUCACACUCGCGUAGGAAAAAGGGGGGGAUGAGUGUUUCUCGAGGGAAAAGGCUGCUGAAAAGAGAGCAUGGGAAGCAGGAGCACAAGUCAUUUGUGUCAGAGAAACAGACUUAUUUUGCGGAAGUGGAUGCUUUUGAAUUGGAGGAAGAGGAGGCGGUGUCAGAAGGCAACUGACCCAAAGCCAACUGAUGACAAGGAAUUGUACGCAUGUAAUUUUACUAAAAGCGUGCUGUGUUCUAAGCUACCGUAUCUGCUGUAUAUAGGCUAUUAUAUUAUUGAUUGA